GAGCCGGAGAAUUUUCUUCUUCUCAUUGCUUCCCCGAAACACCCUGCAAAAUCCCAAUCUUUACCUGUUCGAACCGGCACACAAGCUCUCAGAUCCAAACUCGCUUCACUUGACCGGGAGGAUUCACCAUCGUCUCGAGGAUCGCCAUUGUUGUUCGGACUUCCGCGCUCGAAUUUCAUGUCCUCAGGGGAUUGAUCGACGAAGAUGAUGGCCGAAGAUCUGGGCGUGGAAGCAAAGGAAGCUUCGGUCCGUGAGGUCGCCAAGCUGUUGCCGCUUCCCGAGCUCUUGCAGUCCAUCGCCUCGAUCAAAGCGGACUACAUCGCGCGGCAACAGGCAAAUGAUGCGCAGCUCAGUACGAUGGUUGCCGAGCAGGUUGAGCAGGCGCAGUCUGGGCUUGAGUCUCUUUCUUUAUCUCAGAAGACUAUAGGCCAGCUAAGGGAGAACUUCGUUUCUAUUGAACAGUUAUGUCAAGAAUGUCAAACUUUGAUUGAGAAUCACGAUCAAAUAAAGAUUCUGAGCAAUACCAGGAACAACUUAACUACAACCCUGAAGGAUAUAGAGGGCAUGAUGUCCAUUUCUGUUGAAGCAUCUGAGGCCCGGGAUUCUUUGAGUGAUGAUAAAGAGCUGAUUAACACUUAUGAAAGGUUAACUGCUUUAGAUGGGAAGCGAAGGUUCGCAUUAGCUGCAGCAGCAUCGCAUAGAGAUGAGGUUGGCAGACUGAGAGAAUAUUUUGAAGAUGUAGAUCGCACAUGGGAGACAUUUGAGAAGACAUUAUGGGGCCAUAUUUCUAACUUCUAUAAACUUUCGAAAGAGAGCCCACAAACUCUGGUCCGUGCUUUGAGGGUCGUUGAAAUGCAAGAGAUCCUCGACGAACAACUUGCUGAGGAAGCAGCUGAGGCUGAGGGUGGUGGAGCAAUGGCAUCGAUUGCGAAUCCACGUAGAAGUGCCAAAAAAUCUACCAAUUCAAUGGCUUCCUCCCGAAACCUUACACAGCAGAAGUUGAAGGUUCAGGGAAAAGGGUACAAGGAUAAAUGCUAUGAGCAGAUUAGAAAAACGGUGGAAGAACGUUUCAACAAGCUUCUGACCGUGCUUGUGUUUGAGGACUUGAAAGCAGCACUGGAAGAAGCUCGUAUGAUUGGAGAAGAGCUGGGGGAUAUAUAUGACUAUGUGGCUCCCUGUUUUCCUCCAAGAUAUGAAAUAUUCCAGCUCAUGGUGAAUUUGUAUACUGAGCGGUUCAUUCAGAUGCUUAGAUUGCUCAGCGAUCGGGCAAAUGAAUUAACAAAUAUAGAGAUAUUAAAGGUAACUGGUUGGGUAGUUGAAUUCCAAGAUAAUAUGAUUGGGCUUGGUGUUGAUGAGUCCCUGGCACAAGUUUGUUCCGAGAGUGGUUCCAUGGAUCCCCUUAUGAACUCAUAUGUUGAAAGAAUGCAAGCUACUACGCGGAAAUGGUAUAUGAAUAUUCUCGAGGCUGAUAAGAAGCAUCCACCAAAGAAAACUGAAGAUGGGAAGUUGUAUACACCAGCUGCUGUUGAUUUGUUUAGGAUUCUAGGAGAGCAAGUUCAAAUUGUCCGAGACAAUAGCACUGAUCUAAUGCUAUACAGAAUUGCUUUGGCUGUUAUUCAGGUUAUGAUUGAUUUUCAAGCAGCAGAAAGACAAAGACUUGAGGAACCGGCUUCUGAAAUUGGCUUGGAAUCACUAUGUGCGAUGCAGAUAAACAACAAUUUGCGCUGCUAUGACCUUGCAAUGGAGCUGAGCAACAGCACUAUGGAAGCGCUUCCACAAAAUUAUGCAGAGCAGGUCAAUUUUGAAGACACAUGCAAGGGUUUCUUGGAGGUAGCAAAGGAAGCUGUCCAUCAAACUGUUAGUGUUAUUUUUGAAGAUCCCGGAGUGCAAGAGCUGCUUGUUAAGCUUUAUCAGAGAGAGUGGUAUGAAGGACAGGUUACCGAGUAUUUAGUGGCCACAUUUGGUGAUUAUUUUACAGAUGUAAAGAUGUACAUUGAAGAGAGAUCUUUUAGGAGGUUUGUUGAAUCUUGCUUGGAGGAAACAAUGGUUCUUUAUGUUGACCAUCUUUUGACACAGAGAAAUUAUAUCAAGGAAGAAACCAUUGAACGGAUGAGGCUGGAUGAAGAGGUUCUGAUGGACUUCUUUAGGGAGUACAUAAAUGUCUCAAAAGUUGAGAACAGAGUCAGAAUACUGAGUGAUUUGAGAGAACUUGCAUCUGCUGAAAGCCUUGAUACUUUCACCCUCAUCUACACCAAUAUUCUCGAACAUCAACCUGACUGCCCGCCGGAAGUGGUUGAGAAGCUUGUUGGUCUCCGAGAAGGGAUACCACGAAAGGACGCUAAGGAGGUUGUUCAAGAGUGUAAAGAGAUUUAUGAGAAUUCACUCGUUGAUGGGAACCCCCCUAAGGCAGGUUUUCUUUUCCCCAAGGUGAAGUCGUUAGCAUCUUCUAAGGGUUCUUUGUGGAGAAAGUUGACUUAGUCCUGGUGGAAUCUGCAUUUUGUAUCUAUUGGACAUAGCUCCUGCUAGUAAUUUAGUGCUUUACUCUAGUCAUCGAAUGUAAUUCUUUUAACUAUAUUUUCGUAGGUUAUCCUAUAUAUAUUUUUUGUAUCAUUUUUUCUCUAAUUUUUUGAUUUUGGAAGGAUAUUGGUUAUCAUGAGUUGUAAAUUGUGUAACUAGUUGGCAACUGAAGUUCUUACCAUUGUGACUUCUUACCGCACCGUAGGAGCUCUCCUUUUCCUUUGGAAUGCAGUAGUUGUUGAAU